UUGGCUCCCAAAAAAAAAAAAAUCUGCGGGGGAGACUCUCUCUCUCCCCUCUGCUUUUUGUUCAAUUAAUGAGAUCACCCAUCACCUCUACAGCUACACUGCACAAUCUCUCUCUCUCUCUCACUCCCACACUCUGUCUGUCAAUGAACUGUUCUUGAUUUCCAGAACUCCCGAAAGCUCAUAAUCCCAAUGGAUUAUCUUUGACCACGAAUUGAAGAGAAGGGUUGUCCACAUUUUUCAAUAUAAAAAAGCCGGUGAAAAGAUCUUAGCUUGAACAGAUGUGUAGCUAAGGCAUUCCAUUGGAGAUCUGUAUUUGGCGAAGGAGGAGAAGUCUUUGUCUUGUUAUUGGAUCCAGGACCCUAUGUUCUUCGACUGGACAGGCUUCAACAAUGGGGGGUUGUGUAUCGACUAGCAGCAAGAGCACCUGCAGUAGCAGGAGCAAUGGAGAGCCAUUGCCUCCGCCAUGUCUUGGAAUCGGUUUUUGCAGGAGCAGACGGACAAAGAGAACAUUUUCAGACCACAUCAUUUCAUUGCAGAACUUGGCUGGUAUCCCUAAUCGGAUUGUCACCAGUGGGAAGAGCAGGAAUUCUUGCAUUUUCACUCAGCAGGGGCGCAAGGGGAUCAAUCAGGAUGCCAUGAUUGUGUGGGAAGAUUUCAUGUCUGAGGAUGUGACCUUCUGUGGUGUGUUUGAUGGUCAUGGCCCUUAUGGGCAUCUUGUUGCCCGUAAAGUGAGAGAUGCAUUGCCUGUGAAGUUGAUGUCGUUCUUGCAUUCACUUCAGUCAAAGCAAAACACAUCUAGAGGAUCUCGUUUCGGAAGAAGUUCAAGUAAAUCUGAUGCCCCAGAAGCUGAGAAAGUAGAUGGAUCUUCUGAGGAUAAACUGAGUUGCUUGUGGAGAGAAGCAUUCUUGAAAUCAUUCAAGGCCAUGGACAAGGAGCUGAGAUCUCAUCCUAAUCUUGACUGUUUCUGCAGUGGCAGCACGGCUGUUACAAUUGUGAAACAGGGGUCCAGUCUCUUCAUGGGAAACAUUGGGGAUUCGAGGGCAAUCCUUGGAUCCAAAGAUAGUAAUGAUUCGAUGGUGGCAAUUCAGUUAACUGUUGAUCUGAAGCCUGACUUACCGAAGGAAGCUGAGAGGAUCAAACGCUGUAAAGGUCGGGUCUUUGCGCUGCAAGAUGAGCCAGAGGUGCCACGAGUCUGGCUGCCGUUUGAUGAUGCACCUGGGCUAGCCAUGGCCCGGGCAUUCGGUGAUUUCUGUCUGAAAGAGUAUGGAGUCAUCUCCAUACCCGAGUUCUCUCACCGGGUUCUUACAGACAGAGAUCAGUUCAUCGUUCUUGCAUCAGAUGGAGUCUGGGAUGUAUUGAGCAAUGAAGAAGUGGUUGAGAUCGUGGCAACGUCUCCAAGCCGGGCAUCAGCUGCUAGGAUUCUGGUGGACGCAGCUGCACGGGAAUGGAAACUCAAGUACCCGACUUCGAAAAUGGAUGAUUGUGCAGUGGUGUGUUUGUUUUUGGACGGAAAGAUGGACGUCGAGUCGGAUUAUGAGGAGCAGGGGUUCUCCUCUGCAACAAUUCAGAGCAAUCAUUCGGGCAAUGCAGGAGAAUCUGACGAUGGACAGAGAUCAGAGCCAUGUCUCCAGAGAAACUUCACUGUCAGAUCAGACCAAGAUAGCAAUGCUUACGUGAGAAUUCAGACGGAAAAUGAUGCAGAAGAGGAGGAGGAGGAGAAAACUGGAGAAGAACAGAACUGGUCGGGACUUGAAGGUGUUACCAGGGUGAACUCCCUUGUUCAGCUUCCGAGAUUCUCGGAAGAGAAACUGAUGCCUUGAGACCAUGAUUGUAUGCUGUUUUAGGAAAGUGAAACAUGAAGUGUGUUUUGUUAGCGUAACGCCCUGAGCAUUGUGAACUGAGGACGCCAUUGCCGGGGGCUCAGUUGGCUAUGCUCUGGUGUAGUUCUGCUUCUGUUUGAUGUAAUGAAUUUGCAGAAGAGGUUUGAAUCUUGAUCAUCAAAUGUA